AUGUCUGCCAGCAAGCUCGGCCGGACCCUGGCAAAGGCCGUGGGGAUCGAUGUUGACUAUAGAAAGGAGCCCCGGGAGUCGAUGCGCACAGCUGCCGAGUCCAUACGGUCGCUGGAGCAUUUCGACGAAGAUGAGCCAUCGGCAAAGGAGUGGUUGAGGGACCAUUCGCCUACGGUGAAGGGCACAGUCGACUACUUCAACUCUCUCUUUCCCUUCUGGAACUGGAUCUUCCACUAUAACACUCAAUGGCUCAUGGGCGAUAUCAUCGCCGGUGUCACUGUCGGCUUUGUUGUCGUGCCUCAGGGCAUGGCUUAUGCCCUUCUUGCCAGACUCCCCCCUGAAUAUGGACUAUACACCUCUUUCGUCGGUUUCAUCCUCUACUGGGCCUUCGCCACCUCAAAGGAUAUCACGAUAGGAACCGUCGCAGUCAUGUCUACCAUCGUCGGCAACAUCGUCACCAAGGUCCAGGCGAAGGAGCCUGAUAUUUCAGCUCCUACUAUUGCCAGAGCCCUCUCCCUCAUUGCCGGUGGAUUCUUGCUCUUCAUUGGCCUUACCAGACUUGGCUGGAUAGUCGAGUUUAUCCCCUUGGUUGCCAUCACCUCCUUCAUGACUGGUGCCGCCAUCUCUAUUGGUGUCGGCCAGAUUCCGGCCAUGAUGGGCCUCAAGGAGGUCAACAACAGGGAGUCAACGUACAAGGUCUUCAUCAAUGUCCUCAAGAAUUUGGGCCAUACCAGACUUGAUGCAGCCAUGGGCCUGAGCGCUCUCGUUGUUCUCUAUGUCAUUCGCUUCUUCUGCAACUAUAUGUCCCAGAGACAACCCAAUAGACGCAAGAUGUGGUUCUUCAUCUCUACCCUGAGAAUGACCUUUGUCAUCUUGCUCUAUACCAUGAUCAGCUGGCUCGUCAACAGACAUGUCAAGGAUUACAAGAAGGCUAAGUUCAAGAUUCUCGGGCCUGUUCCGAAAGGUUUCCAACAUGCUGGUGUCCCUGAGAUUGAGGCAAGAUUAGUGAAAGCCUUUGCCCCCGAUCUACCAGCAACAAUCAUCGUACUCAUCAUCGAGCACAUCGCCAUCUCCAAGUCAUUUGGCAGAAUCAACAACUAUGUCAUCAACCCAUCCCAGGAACUCGUCGCUAUAGGUUUUACAAACCUAUUCGGCCCUUUCUUGGGUGCCUAUCCUGCCACUGGAUCCUUCUCCCGAACGGCUAUUAAAUCGAAGGCUGGUGUCCGCACUCCUCUUGCUGGUAUUUUCACUGCCGUUAUUGUUCUUCUAGCUCUCUAUGCCCUUACCUCUGUCUUCUUCUACAUUCCUCUUGCUAGUUUAUCUGGCCUCAUUAUCCACGCUGUUGGUGACUUGAUCACGCCCCCCAACGUCGUCUACCAGUUCUGGGAAGUCUCGCCGCUCGAAGUAUUUAUCUUCUUCGGAGGUGUGCUGCUCACCAUCUUUACCGAGAUUGAGAAUGGCAUUUACCUCACCAUCGCUGCCUCCGCUGCUCUACUGAUCUAUCGCAUUGCCAAAGCGAAGGGAACUUUCCUCGGCCAGGUCAAGGUCUAUCGAGUCACCAAGGACGACAGCCUAAAGAAGAAUGACAGGUUCGGUGAAGAUGCCAAGUUGAACUCUCGGGAGGCUUUCCUCCCAGUCGAACACCAGGACGGCUCGAACCCUCUGAUUGAGGCCCAAUCUCCUCAUCCAGGUGUCUUCAUCUACCGGUUCAAUGAAGGCUUCACUUAUCCUAAUGAAGGUCGCUACCUGCACCACCUGACAGAAUACAUCUUCAAGGUUACCAGACGCACCCAGCUCGACACCUUCGCUAAGCUCGGGGAUCGACCAUGGAACGACCCCGGCCCAGGACGUGGUGAAGUUGUUAAUGUUCACGACGCCCGCCCCAUUCUCCGGGCCAUUAUUCUAGAUUUCUCCUCCGUUAAUCACGUCGACGUGUCCUCCAUCCAGGGCCUAAUCGACGUCCGUAACCAGCUCGACCGCUAUGCUGCUCCAGAGAUAGUAGAAUGGCACUUCGCUUGCAUCUCCAACCGCUGGACCAAACGCGCCCUUGCCUCCGCUGGCUUUGGCUACCCGUCUCCCAAGUCUCCCGAGCUUCUCGGGAACUGGCGACCUAUCUUCAGUGUUGCUGCUGUGGGAGCUGAGGAAGUCGUAAAUGACAAGCCUGGUACAUCUCAUCGAGCCAACGCAUCGUCUAACCCCACUGCUCCCUCAGAUGACCUGGAAAUUGGCCAGGCACCAUCCUCCGAAGACGGUGAGUACGAGGAUGAGAAGGCCCACACUCAGGUUAUAACCACCCCGAUCAAUUCUUCCUCGCACCCCCUACCCCGGCGGGUCGGAAAUGUACACAGCAUCAACCGUCCUUUCUUCCACAUUGAUAUUCAGGCUGCUGUCGAGAGCACUCUACUCAACAUCGAGACCAGGACUGCUUCUGCCAAAAACUCUUCAGCGCCCAGCGUCACUAAGGGCUUUGUGGAGUAA